UGUUUCUUCCUCUGUCUUCUAGAACAUGCUCUCUGCUUCUCCUCUUUAUUCAUUAUUAUACAGUAUGCAAUUCAAGACGGGUCCACUUCUACAAAAGCUGCAGCAUUUAUAUGUAUGUACAUGUUCACAUGCAUACAUAUGCCCGUCUCAUAAACAUUCCGGAAGACUUCCUUCCUAACGAUGAUGGAGCUCUGUCACUACGGACUUAUGUCUCGCAAGCGGCACAAGAAGCUGAAGCAGUUUCAGUAAAUAAACGUGAUGGGUGGAAUGGAAGCAGAGGAUGGAGAUAAAAGUGAAAAUGGACUGCGAAGGGUGCGAGAGAAGAGUGAGGAAGUCAGUGGAAGCCAUGAAAGGGGUCAGGAACGUCACCGUCGAUCCCAAACAGAGCAAACUGACAAUGGAGGGCUUUGUUCAACCCGGCAAGGUGUUAAAUAGAGUCAUCCAGCGGACCGGGAAGAAGGCGGAGCUGUGGCCUUACGUGGCGUACGAUGUGGAACCCCACCCUUAUGCCCCCGGCGCCUAUGACAAGAAAGCUCCUCCUGGUUACGUCCGGAACCCUUUCUCAGACCCAGAGGCUGCACCUCUAGCUCGCGCUGGCUCUUUCGAGGUCAAGUACACCACUGCGUUCAGCGACGAGAAUCCAAACGCCUGCACCAUCAUCUGAGCGUUUUGACUGUUGCUUUGCAAACUCUGAACUGUGAAAGAAUGCAUGUUAAUAACAUAGGAUUGUAGUAGAAAGGGUGGAAAGUGAAAGAUCAGGCGUCACAAGAGAAGAACAGGCAAGAAAACAUGAGAAAGGAGCAGAGGUAGAGGAGGAGAAGAAGAGAGAAAAUGGGGAAAUGGGAAGCAAGGAAAAGAGAGAGGACAAGAGGCAUGAACAGAAGAGGGUGGAGUAAUAGAAAGGAGGAAGAGAGGAAGAGGAGGAGACAAUAGUAAACGUGAAAUAUAAAUCUGGCAAUGGCCGCCCCGAGUAGCAUUAUGUGUGGACCGACAUUCACUCUCUCAUGGGCUGUAUCGUUAUUAUAUGAAAGCUGCAUCAUUUGUGAUGAAAUAUUGCGUGAGAGAGGGGACAAUGCCAAUGCGGCCUGCAUUGUAGCCGCACAUUUUGUAUCUUUUUGCUGCACGUUUCGCAUUUAUUUGUCUUUGCAACGACUAACCAACAUUUUUGUUCAUUCACAUACAAAAUAAAAAUAAAAAUAACACCCUUACUUUCGCUCCAAACAAUCAAUUGUUGAUGAUGGUGUUGCAUGAAAUAAUUAUCAAUCUAUAAACUAUAUAAUAA